CUCCCUCAGCGGUGGCGGCCCGUGAAGGUUCCAGAAGCGGCUCCGGUUCGGGCGCGGAGCCGUUCGGGGCUCCCGGUUCGGCCUCCCGGAGGCUCCCGGAGGCUCCCGGAGGGGCUCCCGAGGGUCCCGGGGAGCUGCCGGGAGGAGCCGGGCCGUGCCCGGUGCUGCCGGUGCGGUUCCGGUGGGGUUCCGGUGCGGCGGUACCGGCGGGGCCCGGGCGGUACCGGAGCCAUGAACGGCGGCGGGGCCGGGCCGGGCCCGGUGUGGCUGGCGGUGAGCAGCUCCCUGAACGCCUUCCGGGCCUGCAAACGCUUCUCGCCCGCGCUCACCAUCGCCGAGCUGAAGUGCAAACUGGAGCUGGUGGUGGGCUCCCCGGCGUCCUGCAUGGAUCUGGAGCUGUUUGGCGCCGAGGACGAGCCCUUGGGGACCCUGGACUGUGACGAGGCCCUGCUGGGCUCCUACCCCGUCACCGACGGCUGCCGCCUGCACGUGACAGACCGCAGCGGGGCCCGGGCCGGGCAGUUCGAGGACGUGACGCAGGUGGCCAAGUACGAGAUGGCCGAGAGCGACUACGACAAGAGGACAGAGUCGGUGCGCUCGUUCCUGCGGCAGCGCUCGUGGGGCCGCUGGGACCGGGAGCGGGAGCGGCAGCGGCAGGGGCAGCGGGAGCAGCGGCGGGCGCAGGAGGCGGCGGCGGCGGCGGCGCUGCCCCUCGGGGCGCGCUGCGAGGUGCGCGUGCCCGGGCAGCCCUGCCGCAGGGGCACCGUGGCCUUCGUGGGUGAGACGGAUUUCAAGCCGGGAUUUUGGGUGGGGGUGCGCUACGACGAACCACUGGGCAAGCACGACGGCAGCGUCGGUGGCCGCCGUUACUUCGAGUGUGCCCCGAACUUUGGGGGGUUUGUGAGGCCGGGGAACGUCUGUGUGGGCGACUUUCCGCCGGAGAGCGACGGCCUGGAGCAGGAGCUGUGAGACAUUCCCGAAUUUAUUAUCCCGGAAU